AUGGAAGAAGAAGAUCAAGAACAGAAGUGUUAUGUCUGCAAAUUCUGUAAUCAAAGUUUUCUAAAUGGGAAGAAAUUGGGAGGUCAUAUGAGAGGUCACUUGGCUUUGAUUUCAGCUACCAAAAAACAGAGCAUCAAAGAACAUGAUCAAGAAGCCAUUAAUGGUGGAAUGAGUCUUGAAUUCAACGAUGAAAUGAUCAAGAAAAAAGAAGAUUUUGGUCCUAAUUCUUAUGGUUUGAGAGAAAACCCCAAGAAAUCUUGGAGGGUUUCGGUUUCGGGUUCGAAAUCGAAACCGAAUCGAUCAUCGGAUUCGAUUUGUAAGCAAUGUGGAAAAGGGUUUCUUUCAUUGAGGGCUCUUGCAAGCCACAUGAGAUCCCAUUCACUCAAAAGCAAAGAAUCCAUCAAGAAGAAUUUGUGUGGAAAAUGUGGGAAGUGUUUUGAUUCAGUGAAGGCUUUGUAUGAAGAUGGCAAGUUGGAUGGGGGGGUAAAAGGGGAAAUUGCAAAUCCAAUAAGGAGAAAGAGAUCAUGCACAAGGUACAAGCCUGUAAAGCCUAAUGAUCCUUCAAGUUGUAAUAGUUUGAGUUCUUUCGCAUCAAUUUGCGAGGAUAAUGGUGAUGAAGUGGAAGAAGGGGCUUUGUGUUUGAUGAUGAUCUCCAGGGGCAUAAUGGGGAUUUCCAAGAAAGAAGUGAUGGGUCAAUCCGGGUUCGGGUUCGGGUUCGGGUCGGGUCAACCCAUAAUGGAUCUGACAAAGAACAAUCCAAAGUCAAAUAGUCAACACUCUCCGGACAAAGGUAAGAGAAAAGCUUUUGAUGAACUAUGUGAUACAAGGAGAUCGAAGGAUCACAAAUGCCCCAUUUGCUCUAAGGAGUUUGGGUCGGGUCAAGCUUUAGGAGGCCACAAGAAGGCGCACUGCAAUAUGUUAAUAAGUACCGAAAACGGUGUUAAAGAAGAUACUGAUGAUUCGUUUGACGUUCAUGAAUGUUUGGAUCACGGUCAUGGGAUCAAGAACGACGGUGUGGAGUUGAAGCUAACGUGGGUCGGGAACAAUAUCGAGUGGGACCCAUUGUUGUUGGUAAACUGA